AUGUCAGAACAGCCGGUGCUCAGCCACGUUUCGUCGAAUCUGUCAACAAUGUCCAACAGUACUCAUCCAAAACUAUCGUUAUCUGACUCCGAGGCCUCUUGGACGGCAUCACUACUUUGUUUUGGAGCAGUGUGUGGAGCAAUACCAACGGGGUUGAUCUCUCAAUAUUUCGGACGGAAGAAGACCUUAUUGUAUCUGGCACUUCCACUUGUGGUUUCCUGGCUAAUGGUUGCUUCCAGGUGAGUUCUGAUGUCUAUGGAUGGAAUAUUUUGAACCUUUUUAAUAAUUUUGCUAAAAUUAUCUCCGUGAUUAUCUGUGCAACAGAGCCAAUGUCAAGUUCUUCCAUCGUUGCAUCAUAAAUUAUCAAAAUGGUUUUCUUGUAAGUAAUAAGUAUUAAAGAACUUAUUACUUAAAAGAAAUAAAGAAGGACUUCUUGUCGUGAAAUUAGGCAGCGGAACCUCUAACAUAAAGCUAUAUCCCAACGUCUAUGGCUUGUAUGUGGGUCGUUUCGUUGGUGGUCUGUCGGUCGGAGCAUUCAGCGUUGGGAUUCCACCUUAUGUGGAAGACAUAUCAGAAAAGCAGCUGCUGCCUACACUAGCAAAUUUCUACCAUGUGCAUCUCGCGUGUGGCGUUCUUUUUGGCUAUGUUGUUGGUAAGGACAAAAUAUUUUACAUUUAGUACGAAUCUUAUUUUAUUAAGAUUCUUACAUAUACAUACCACAGCUUUCUAAUGUAACAUUUUUUUUUCGCUUUCACAAAAUAGUAACAAAUAAAUUUAAUAACGCGUUAAUCAGACAAAACUCAAACAAACAAUUUGAGAAAUUCAUUUAUUUAACUUAUUUCAUAUCGUAUCUCUGCAAAUUGAAGAAUAAAUUAAACGAGCAGUGAAAUUAUUUUCCAUUAAAUUAAUUAUAGCGAAAAACUAUUUUGAACAUUAUUUAUGCGCAUUUUAAAAUAACGCUGUGUCAUACAGGAGAAGGUGAAAUUAUUAUGACGUAUUAGAAUGACUAUAUAUUAUUUUUUUAAGUAAUAACUAGGAUAAAAAUAAAAUAUUCGUAGUAAGAUUAAUAACAGAAAAUGAAAAAGUUUUCCAAGAACGGUAGGUAGUGAUGCCAAAAUAUAAAUUCCACACAAUAACAUAUUAUUAUCUGGGGCUUGCUUGCGAUAUUUUUUGUAUGUUUAUCUUAAUAGCUGACUUCAAAAAAGAGAAAGUUCACAAUUCGACUAUUUUUUUAAACAACUUAUAAGGUUAAUUUAUUGUUACAGGUAUGGUAUCAAGUACAGUGUGGCUCUCUUUCUUAUGCGCCAGCAUACCAGUAGCCUAUUUCAUCGCGUUCAUAUUUCUUCCCGAGUCACCAGCCUAUCUCAUGUCACAAGGAAAAUACAACGAGGCUAAAACUGCUUUGAGAUAUUUCCGUGGUAUAGACAACAAUAUAGAUGCAGAAAUCAAGGAACUAAAGGAACAUAUGCGGAAUUAUACAAAACACAAAAUCACCUUCCGCCAAUUAUUUAGUACUAAGGCAACAGUGAAAGCUCUCAUCGUUUCUUUCGGACUUAUGGUCUUCCAGCAGAUGAGUGGUAUAUAUCCCGUUAUAUUCUAUGCUCAAUACAUUUUCCAAAUGUUCUUGGUUUCACAAAAUUUACCGGGUGCUGCCAUCAUUCUCGGUUUUUGUCUCGUAUCAUCUACGUACUUUUCAACGAUGCUUCUUAAAACUGUGAGGCGAAGAGUUUUACUAAUGCUAUCGUUUUCAUCAAUGGCUUUAAGCUUAGGUUGUUCUGUGAUAUACUACCAUUUGCAGACGUCAAUACAGUAUGAAAAUGGAACUUGGAUACCGCUCUUCACGCUGUCAAUGUUUGUAAGCGUAUAUGCAGCAGGGGUUGGACCAAUUCCUUGGUUGAUGUUGAGAGAAAUAUUUCCAAGCAAUGCAACGAGACGAGCCACGGCUAUUGCUGCUGGCUUCCAUUGGUUUCUCGCUUUUGCAGUGACAAAGAUGUUUCAACAUUUGGUUAAGAAGAUUGGCUUGGGUUGGGCACUUUGGUAUUUUGCCUCUAUAUGUAUCGUCGGUUUUAUAUUUGUAUACUUCUUCGUGCCUGAGACUAAGGGACGGACGCUAGAAGAAAUACAGAAUGAAUUCGACGGUAUUCAUAAGAAGAGGAAGCACAGACAUGUGAUCGAAGUAGAAAGUGUGUCAGAAACGUGAUACCGUCUAUUAAUAUAUCUAGUGUGAUUUGAAUCAAAAUACUAUAAUAACAGUAUUUUGUUUGGUUUUAGAUUAAAUUCGUUUAAAGAAUAUUCCAAAUUUUCUUUUGAGUAUAUUUUUCUUAUAGUAUUUCGUUUUGAUCUUUUAUGUCGCGAAGUAACUUCUUGGAAUAUUCAGAAGCUUUGUCUUUGCCGUACUUUCAUUAUUUUUUGUGAAUUAAUCAAAAAUCUUAAGAUGUCAUAGCUCAAUAUUGUUUAGAUAGCAUAAUUGGGUUUAUAUUUGUAAUUUAUUUAUUUACAUGACCUUAAAGAUAUAAUUGCUAAAAAAAAAAACAAAUAGCAAAAUGAAUAAAAUAAGCAUGUAAGAAAUUUUUCUGUUUUCCGCUUUUUGUAUUCGAAUGAAGAAGGCACAAUAAUAAAUUAUAGAAGCCAAAACUUGUCAAAUUAAUUUAAGUUUGCUUAUCCAAAUAUAUUAUGUUUCAAAGCAAAUUAAUAUAAUAAAUUUGUCUUUGUAAAGUGGGUGAUGGACGUACGAACUUUAUGUACGCGAUUUUUUAGAUUGACACACAUUAACGGAAGAAGCUUUGUUUUUUUAAGAAUUAUAUCAUAUUACAUCUUAAAAAUUAAUAAAGCAAGACCAAAUCCAAAAAUGAGGGUAAAGAACUGGCUUACGAAAAGAGAGCGUUUUUAAUAUAUGAAUUUAGUAAGAGAGUUAAGUGAUGAGAAGGAAGAUUUCCACAAUUAAAAAUAAGUAAUAAAUAAAUUAAUACUUAAAAUAACUUAAAUAAGAUCAAACAUAAAACAACAACCGUUUUGCCUUCAUGGACUAACACGGAAACAAAGUGUUAGUUCGCGGCUCGCAGCGCUGCCACACGCAUGAGUCGAGACAAGCUGUGAGUAAGAUUUCAAACCGUUUGGAUCGUCGGCAAACCUGCGCGGCAAUUUUAAAGUACGCGUACUUAAGAUGACACACAAGCGAGAAAGGUCGUCGAGCCACAAGUUCGCGUACUUAUUCGCACGUUUAUCACCCACUUAAAUUCUUAAACAUGUUUUAGCUUUUUAAUUAUAAGUUGUAAGUUAGUUAACAUUUCAAUUGACUUUCCGGAAUUUGGUGUUUCACUACUUUCUAUCAUUAUUUAAUUUUAUGUUUAUGAAUGAAUAGCUAUAUGAUUUUGAUUCAAAUCUGAAUAUGUUGUAGUGAUAAGCUAGUCGAUAUCUUUAAUUAUAUGUAGUUUUAGAUUACUAGGGGAGUUAAGACGAAUGACCAAGUGUUAAAUUAUGUAUUUAUUUUACUGUGUGAGAUUAAAUUUUACAAAUCCUUUUCAAUAACCUUUUAAUUUCCAAUAUCAUCAAGUAUUCUUCUAUAGUCUUGUGUAGGUAAUAUUGACAAUGGGACAACAGAUGGGACUAAAACACGCCCGUUAAUAAAAGAAAUUACAUAAAGAUACAAUAUAUUGUUGAGAAACACAAUAUAAAAUUUAGACAAAAAAAAAACAGCUAAACUGAUUAGAAAUUAUGCAGCACUUACCCAAUACGGGGAUAUCACUUCGAAUACAUUAUUAUCCUUUAAAAAAAAACAAAGUUACUAGUACGUUGAUAAUGUUACGUUCGCGACGGCAGCGGCCGAAAAAUCUCAAUAUUCAAGGACUACAUAUUGA